AUGUCGAAAUAUUCUUUGGAUUCUCUGGAGAGUAUUGAGGAAGAUUCAUUGGAAAAGAGUGAUUUGAUGAAUAAUAAUAGUGAUAAUGAUAAUAACCUCGAAGCAAUCAAAUCCGUUGAUAAAUUUGUCAAGGACACUUCACUUCAUUUAAAUCCAAUAUUAACGACAUUGCACGGAAUAAAAGACAAUACGACAGAGCCCAAUGGGACCGUACGUGGGGACAGGUGCGCGAAAAUAAACGGCGGCAGAAAUUCGAUAACUGCGAGCGGAAGAAGAUUCGUCCAACGACGACAGGAGAGCAGCUCGACGUGGAACGAAUCGCGGCUUCGUAUAAGAAAGGGGGACGAUGUCGUUGGAAAAUGUGAAAAGGAAGAAGGCGACGCGAAUCGUCGUUGUUGUCAUACGUCGACGGAGCGAUGUUCCCCGGAGGUGCAAAAUUCUUCGUCAAAAUGUAACCUGCGCAGCAGCGGGAGCAACGCGAAGGUCGACAAAAAGCUUGGUAACGUAUUCGCACCGUGGAGUCGACCAGAACCGGCUAGGCCUGGUUGGACCUCGUAUUCGGAGCUUUAUCGUCGUAGAUUCGGCAUCCCGAGGCGUCCGCGCAUUCGGUCUCCGGAGGAUUCCACCCUGUCGAUUUGCGGUGACAGCCAGCCCAGGGAGCUCAGUCUGGACGAGGGUUGUUCAUCCCUUCCAGGCACCUCAAGGGACGACAGUAGCGAGCUCAGCUUCUAUCGUCGCUUUAUCGAAGGUCACGUUACUCGUACAACGCACGUUACACAAUCCUGCGAGAUACCGCAUCGAGGAAUACUUUCAAAUAUCUUCUUUCCAGGAGAGCAAUGUGAACAUAACAACUCGGACAAGUUGAAGAAACCGGUAUAUCGUCCGUAUACCAUCGAGGAGUAUAGGAGUUUAUCGAUGCCAAGGCCUGAUCGAUCUCUGGGUCCUGAUAAGGACGAAGUGCAAAUAAAGAGAGAAUGGCUGAUGCGCCGGAGAUCGUACGGAGACUCGGUUAGCGCGCGCAAUCGUGAGCAGAUACUGCAACAAACGAGAAGACUCAAGUCGAGACGCGCCAUCGCUCAAAAAUGUUUCUUGCCCCCUUUGAAGGAUCGGAACGCUGCCGCCUCAAAGGAUCGUGAAAACUCAAGGAUCCCUGAGACGGACUGCGCGAUGCAAGAGAGUCUCUUAAAGUGUCCUGUCAGAUAUCCGAAGGAAAAGGAAGUCAUCACGAGCGAAGCAUUGCCGUCCCAAGAGGUCGAAACGCUCGAGGAAACGCCGAAUUUCAGUUCGUCGCUCGCUUCAUAUAACGUUCUCGAAGACCCGUACUUGGAGACGCUGCAACAGCGUCACUUGCAGGAGAAGAAAUUGGCGGAUCGUCUUAUGCGUCAAGCAUUAAACUCUUGAUCACGACUGGUUCAGGUAAAUAGAGCGUUCAGGUAAAUAGAUAAAAAUCACUAUAACUUUUUGAUAAUUCCUUUUGUGACUUACAUGCGACUAUUCUAUUUAACGGUCUAUUUUUACAACUGCAAAACAAUAUUUUAUUACUGCGAUUCAUUUUCCGUCACGUUAUCGUACAUUUGUCCAUCGCAUCCUGUUUACACAUAUUUUAUACUCGUAGAUCUAUAUCUUCUACCACAUAUUUUUACAUCUAUUUGAAAUAAUCCGC